AUGACGACUCACCUGAUUUUUUACACGGAAAUAAUAAUAAAAAUUCCCACUAGCCUAUCGGAUCCGGCCCUUGCUUACCAAAGCAUUGGACCGGGUUCGAGUCCGGCGUACACCAAUGAAUAUUUUCAUUAUUUAAGUGUAUUAUUCUGCUCAGCCCAAGAAAUAAAACGAGUUCCAAUCUCGAAAGUUUACCCCCUACCGUAG